GUUCCUGCCGUGGGGUGCAUUGGUCUAAUCUCAGGUGUGGCCUGUGAUGACAACAGGUCUCAAUACGUGACACACCAUCCUGAUCCCAGCUGCUUGUGGUGGUGAUGGUGGUGAUGAUGAGUCUCCAUAUUCAACACUUGAGCCUGAAGAGAGCUCAGUACAGCAGGAAAGAAGGACAAGUUAAAAUGUCUCCUGAAGUUGCUUUGAACAGAAUUUCACCGGCACUCUCUCCUUUCAUUUCCAAUGUGGUCAGAAAUGGAAAAGUAGGAUUGGAUGCUACUAACUGUCUAAGAAUUACAGACCUGAAAUCAGGCUGUACCUCUUUGACGCCUGGACCCAGCUGUGAUCGGUUUAAGUUGCAUAUCCCAUAUGCUGGAGAAACACUCAAAUGGGAUAUAAUUUUCAAUGCCCACUACCCAGAGCUGCCACCAGAUUUUAUCUUUGGAGAGGAUGCUGAAUUCCUGCCAGAUCCCUCUGCCUUGCAUAAUUUAGCCUCCUGGAAUCCCUCAAAUCCUGAAUGUCUCCUGCUUGUUGUGAAAGAGCUCGUCCAGCAGUAUCAUCAAUUCCAAUGCAGCCGAUUACGGGAGAGCUCUCGCCUCAUGUUUGAAUACCAGACUUUACUUGAAGAACCCCAGUAUGGAGAGAACAUGGAAAUUUAUGCUGGCAAAAAAAACAACUGGACUGGUGAAUUCUCAGCUCGCUUCCUUUUGAAGUUACCUGUGGAUUUCAGCAAUAUUCCCACAUACCUUCUCAAGGAUGUGAAUGAAGAUCCAGGAGAGGAUGUUGCUCUUCUUUCAGUCAGUUUUGAGGAUACAGAAGCUGCUCAGGUUUUCCCCAAGCUAUAUCUGUCCCCACGUAUAGAACAUGCUCUUGGAGGCUCCUCUGCCCUUCACAUUCCAGCCUUUCCAGGUGGAGGCUGUCUCAUUGACUAUGUACCGCAGGUGUGCCAGCUGCUGACUAACAAGGUACAAUAUGUUAUUCAGGGAUACCAUAAGAGAAGGGAGUAUAUUGCCGCUUUCCUGAGUCACUUUGGAACUGGUGUGGUGGAAUAUGAUGCAGAGGGCUUCACAAAGCUCACACUGUUGCUGAUGUGGAAAGAUUUUUGCUUCCUUGUUCACAUUGACCUACCUCUGUACUUUCCUCGAGACCAGCCAACUCUAACAUUUCAAUCAGUCUAUCACUUCACUAACAGUGGACAGCUGUAUUCCCAGGCCCAGAAAAACUACCCUUACAGCCCACGCUGGGAUGGCAAUGAGAUGGCCAAGAGAGCAAAGGCUUAUUUCAAAACGUUUGUCCCUCAGUUCCAAGAGGCAGCUUUUGCGAAUGGAAAGCUGUAGGAAACACCAGGUCUGGAGAAGAUGCCAGACAGAUUAUUACAUCCACAUGCAUGUCAGCCCCAAGAGGACUUCCUGGAAGUGGGUUGGAAUCUCUUUUUUUUUUAUACUUUUUGCCUCUGGAAUAGCUUUGAUCUCCACAGACUUCAUUAACUCUAUAAAACAAGGACCUCAGCUGGCUAAUUCUAAACUGAAUAUUUGAUACUCCUUCUCCAAUCCUCUGCUACCACUAUCAUUUCCUUUUAUAGCCACUGGAUUAAAUUAAAACCUUAGUGUUUAGAUGUGAUACCAUUGCCCUGUGACAACAAUGUUUAAUGCGAUGCCUUGUUUCAGAAAUGCUUGUCUUUCAGGUGUUGUUAAGAAGCGAUUGUUUUCAUACCAGUAUUCUGUUGUUCUGAACCUUUGUAUAUUUUCAGCAUAUCCUAAUAAUAUAUAAAGCUGCCAUAAUUACCAGAAAUGCCUAAUGGACUAUAUAAUGCCAUAUUCUGCCUCUGACAUUUGCCUAUAUUUAUGGUUCUUAUCGACACAUGUAUGAGUCCCAAUAUUUAACUGCUCACUGCCUUUCAGAUGUGUCUGAUGUUGACAUGGCAGUAUUUUUUUUAAUAUCUCAGCUGAAAACUCAUCAUGAGUUGAAUUCAGUGUCUUUAUAGUCUAGUUUAUUUCAGGUAACACAACUUAAGGUGACUUUCUAAUUGACAUCAGUUGCUGUUACUGAGAAAGGUCUAUCGCUUUAGUAUCAACUGUUCAAGUAAAUUAAGUUGAGUAAAUUAAGGAGACAAACUAGAGCUCCUGCAUAGUCCUACAACUCUGUCAAGUAACGUAAAUACCACUAAUGAAACAGGCCUUUAACAAGGAAUUACUGGAGUCUUUGAAGGCAACAGAUACAAUAAUCUAGGGAAACAGAUUUAUUUAACCUAAGACUUGCAGUUUUAGUCAGCACAUAUAUGUAAAGAAUUGAUGAGAAGACAUAAUGGGAUGCAUCAGUCUUUCUAAUGCUGUAAUGGUAAAUGAAGAAUCCCAGCCACUCAUCUUCCCCUUCUUGUGAUAUGUUAUAGCUGACUCUUAGUGGUGUCACUUCCCAAAUUAAAUUGUAGACAGACCAGGGUACUUUCCAGCAUGGAAUAAAGUUUGUGUGUUGUUAUAAAUGGAAUACAGAAAAGGUACUUUCUGCUAAGUGUUAGGGAACUGGACUGAUGAGCUGUUCUGAAGACAUAAUAGUGAAAAGUAAUAUAUCAAUAUUUCUGUUGAUGUUAUUAAAUAUGUAUACAAAUUUUAA